AUGGCAAAUGAUCCUGCAUACACAUUGAUUGCUGACACAAUCCAGAGUGGCCUCAAGAAUGUGGAGAAAUACUAUGAGAAAACCAGCAACUCAGAUGUGUAUUUCAUCUGUCUGGUUCUGGACCCUAACUUCAAGUUGGCAUAUGUCGAGACCUGUUGGACUGAUGAAAAAGUUGUGAGCAGGAGAGCUUGUUUUGAAGCUGUGUUUGAUAGGUAUCACAAGGCUCCUCCACUGCCAUGCACUACAGAACAAGCUGGUGUGCCACCGAAAGUACCAGUACUGCAAGCUGUUCAGUAUGGCCAGUCCUGGAUGCAUGAUGCUGUCAUGGCACAUCAAGCCACAGAACAUUGCAUGCACGAUCCCUGUCAUGAACUUACCUUGUAUCUUAGUUUGCCAUUAGAAGAGACAGAUGAUGUUGUGGCAUGGUGGGGGCUACACUCACUACAGUAUCCAACACUCACUCAUAUUGCCCACAAUUAUCUACUGAUUCAAGGUAGUGCAGUUCCCUCUGAACGUGCUUUCUCUAGUGGGAGAAUCACAUCAACCUUGUGCCACAAUGCACUUGCAUCAUCCACCUUCUCUGCACUACAGUUAAUGAAGGCCACUUACCAUAAUGGACAUCUUUCA